AUGCCCCAUACAUCUCAUGGCGGAUAUCAGGGCCCCUUGCCUGCAGAUGCCCGGCAUAGCAUCCACCAACACCGUAACCUAUUUGGAAACGCGUAUUUUCACCAACCGCAGUCAAUGCAGCAGCCACCUACACCACAAUCGCAGUCGGCGCAACAGCCGACCAUACAGCCCGAUCCGGAACACCAGGAUCGGCACCAUCAUAUCCAUCUUUAUCACCACUACGACAGUUCUCAUCCAUUCUUUCAACAUGGGCAGGAUAGCAUGCAGUCCUACCGAGCUUGGAAGUCACAGCAACCAUCCUGGAAGCAGGGCCAGAAUCGGGAACAGCACCCGCAGCAGCAGAAUCACACUCUACAGGAGACGCAGCGACACGACCAUGCUGCAGCAGAUGGUGAUGAGGCGACCUACAGAUCCUUCCCCAUCGGCUCGUUACAGCACGUCUUGGUUCCUGACGGGUAUCGAUGGCGGGCUAACGAUUGUAACAACAACGACUUGGACGCUUAUGAAACCUCUUCUGCUGACCACCGCACCACGGACCACCCACAGCACCAAGAGCAGCAAGGUUACACAGGCUCUAUUGCUUCGCCCGCAAACACACACGCACACCCCUUCGUGCCUCGAUUCCCGGCAAGCCGUACUCGCCACUCGUACGCGCCCUCCCCCGAAAACCUUCACUCGUACCACUACAAUACCCAUGUCCAAGCUCACUCCAACGCUCAUGCGCAAGCGCAUUCGUCCCAUCCAUCUCCCUCCAAUCUCUACCAUACACCCAGUGAGGCCAAAACUAGUUUCAUCGAAGACCUCCCCACGGCCAUGGCCACAUCGACCCGCAAAGCGUGGACCGAAGCCGAAACCGCACAUCUGCUCGAAUGUGUCGCCAUCCAAACCCAGGAGGCCAAAGACGCCCGUCGAAUCGCCGGUGCCACCCGUCUCAGAUUUGGGGCCGCUGUCGCUUCUCAUACAUAUAUGGGCCAUGGCGACGGAGAAUAUGAGGAAAGCGUGAGCGAAUUUGGAAGUACCCAAGCAGCAGCAGCCUUAACGGGUAUGGCAGGGGAGAGUCUAACAAACUUGGCAGCCAAAGGCAAAAACUGGCAUCGUAUUGCGCAAUUGCAUGGGCACAACCGUACUUGGGCCAGUUGCAGUAAUAAGUAUCAAAAGGUCAUGAAGGCUCGAGAAAGUCGAGAAAAGAGUCAUGCUCAUGAUAACAAUGAUAGCAUAGAAAAUCAUGAUGAUGAGUAG